CGCCAGGGAGCUCUUUCAUCAUCAUCUCUCAGCUGCCGACAUUUUUUUUUAAAUAGAGCAACUUGGAUUUGAUCCAGAAGAAGUUGAAACCAUGCCGGUGAGAAGGGGCCAUAUGGCGCCCCAAAACACUUUUUUGGACACCAUCAUUCGAAAGUUCGAGAGCCAGAACAGAAAAUUCAUCAUUGCCAACGCCCAGGUGGAGAAUUGUGCCAUCAUCUUCUGUAACGAUGCCUUCUGCGAGCUGUGCGGAUACACUCGAGCGGAGGUGAUGCAAAAGGCCUGCACCUGCAGCUUUUUGUACGGACCCCUCACCAGAAGACCGGCCGUGGCCCAGAUGGCGAAAGCUCUACUCGGAGCCGAGGAAAGAAAGGUGGACAUCACGCUCUACAACAAAGAAGGAAUGUCUUUUCCCUGUUUAAUCGACGUGGUCCCCGUAAAGAACGAAGACGGUCGGGUCAUCAUGUUCAUUCUGAAUUUUGAGCUCCCGACGGACAGCCACCCAGUCAACAGCUCUCCGUCCAGAGAUCUCAGCCGAGCGCUGCGAAUCCCUUGGCUGACUUUGGCUCGAAGGCAACGCCUCCAUGUCCUCCUUCGCUCCUUCAAACCCGGCGUGAGCGUCCUGACGCAGGACGCAGAACUCAGCGACAUUCCUCCCCUGGGGCACGAGUCGGUGGCCCUGGAAAAACUGCUGUCCCUCCCCGAAAGGCAGCAGCUUCAGGAGGCUGGAUCCCAGUUGCUGCUGUGGGAUGAAGAAGAGGCUGAAGAGGAAGGAAGAUGGCAAAGAGCAGCGGGAGGAGAUACGGACAACUUCGUGACCGCUAGGCAACAAAGUGAGGGGGACACCGAGAUGAGAGAAGGCGAUAUUUUGGCCUCAAAAUGGGAAAUGAGAGCAGAAGGUGAAAGAAGGGGUAGACGCCCCCACGCUGGAACUUUGGCACCGCUAACACCAGCUGAGCUGCCCGUGGGGUCUCCAUGUGCCACCACAAGCUGUGGGAGUUUAAAACUUUCCUCCUCGCUGGAUGAUAUCAAGAAUGAGCAAAGUUACUGUGAAAAGUCGCUCCAGUUUCGACACAGCUUUUCAGCAACCAAUAGAAAGAGCAGUGCACCUGCUGGGACAUCUGACACUGAUGUAGGUUGUAGGACCAAUAGUCAGGUGAGCCACAGUUUACUGGACUCCAAAUCAGAUGCUUUUAUGUCACUUCCUCCGGGAGAAAUCCUGCCUCCGUGCAAAUUGAUGGGCAGAACGCACCAUGUCACUGAGAAAGUAACUCAGGUGCUCUCUCUGGGUGCUGAUGUGUUACCCGAGUACAAAUUGCAGACUCCCCGGAUCCAGAAGUGGACCAUCCUCCACUAUAGUCCAUUCAAAGCUGUUUGGGACUGGGUCAUCCUACUCCUAGUCAUUUACACAGCAAUAUUCACUCCUUACUCAGCGACUUUUUUACUCAGCGACCAGGAAGAAGCAGCCAUGCAAACGUGCGGUUACUCCUGUUCUCCACUCAAUGUCGUGGAUCUUAUUGUGGAUAUCAUGUUCAUCGUUGACAUUAUAAUCAACUUCAGGACCACCUACGUUAACUCCAAUGAUGAGGUGGUGAGCCAGUCUGCACGGAUCGCAGUGCACUACUUCAAGGGCUGGUUCCUCAUCGAUAUGGUGGCAGCCAUUCCCUUUGACCUCCUCAUCUACCGCUCAGGAGAGGAGGUGGUUAGGGGAGAGGGAGAGACGACCACCCUCAUUGGCUUACUGAAGACAGCUCGCUUACUGCGAUUGGUCCGCGUGGCCAGGAAGUUGGAUCGUUACUCCGAGUAUGGUGCGGCUGUCCUCUUUCUCCUCAUGUGCACUUUUGCGCUCAUCGCUCACUGGCUCGCCUGCAUCUGGUACGCCAUCGGAAACGUGGAGCGCUCGACUUCCGCCGGGAUCGGCUGGUUGGACACUCUGGCCGAGCAGCUGGGAAGGCCGUACAACGACUCGGUGGAGGGAUCGGGUCCCUCCAUACGGGAUAAAUACGUGACGGCGCUUUAUUUCACCUUCAGCAGCCUGACCAGCGUGGGCUUCGGGAACGUGUCUCCCAACACCAACUCGGAGAAGAUCUUCUCCAUCUCUGUCAUGCUUAUUGGCGCUCUAAUGUAUGCGAGCAUCUUUGGCAACGUGUCAGCCAUUAUUCAGCGCCUUUACUCCGGUACGGCGCGCUAUCACGCUCAGAUGAUGAGAGUUCGAGAGUUUAUCCGCUUCCACCAGAUUCCCAACCCUCUGAGACAGAGGCUAGAGGAAUACUUCCAACACGCCUGGUCCUAUACGAACGGAAUAGACAUGAAUGCCGUUCUAAAAGGAUUCCCAGAGUGUCUUCAGGCAGAUAUUUGCCUCCACCUCAAUAGAUCUCUGCUGCAGAACUGUAAAGCGUUCCAAGGAUCCACUCAGGGCUGCCUGAGGGCCUUGGCCAUGAGAUUCAAGACCACCCACGCUCCACCUGGUGAUACCCUUGUACACGCUGGAGACCUGAUAUCAGCCUUAUACUUCAUCUCAAGAGGAUCUAUAGAGAUUCUGAGAGGAGAUGUCGUGGUUGCUAUUCUCGGAAAGAACGAUAUAUUUGGGGAGCCAAUCAAUCUUAGUGCUCUACCAGGAAAAUCCAGUGCAGAUGUCCGAGCUUUGACCUACUGUGAUCUUCACAAAAUACGCCGAGAUGAUAUGCUGGAGGUUUUGGACAUGUAUCCAGAAUUCUGUGAAUAUUUCUGGUCCAACUUGGAGAUCACAUUCAACCUCAGAGAUGUGAAUAAUGAACCUGCUGGAUUAUUGAGUGGAGAAGACUCAGACUGUGAGGGCAAAGCACAAUGGAGAAAACACAGCCAUUAUUCCAUUCAUUCAGGUGACCCCAGGAGACCCCAAACUUCCUACAGAUGCAUUCGAAGACACAGUAAUAUGGACCACUACGAACCUGGCCACAGCAAAGACGAUCAGAAACAGACACUAUUUGGUCCAGGAUUCUCCAGUGAGGAGGUGGAAGAUUCUGAACUUGCCAGCCCAGUUCAAAUCUCCAUGGCUGACGCCGGACCCUCAAAAACCAUGAGGUGUCCAGAACUUGACAGGAGUGACAAGGCCCAUAAUCCUUUAAGAGGAGUUUCCACCAUCUUUCCGUUCUGGGGAAGCGAAGAUCCAAAAGAGCAACAAUAUGAGGAGGUCCCCUGCAUCCGCAGUCCCCCGUCGCCACCUCCACAACCUCGCUGCUAUCAGACAUCCGAGGCGCCUUCUUCUUCUCACUGGGGUACCUCCGCACCGCCUUCUCCGCCCCUUCGCAUCUGUGACAGACGGAAGAAGGAGUUGGAGAACAAACUGGAGACGUUGCAGCAACAACUCACCAGGUUGGAAUUACGCAUGUCAGCAGACAUCGCGGUCAUCACGCAGCUUCUACAGAGAAAUCUUUCAGCAGUCCCAGCCUUCUACAAUACAUCACCCGCAACAUCCAUUUCUUCUCCCAAUGAAUCUGCUCCUCGACCAUUUCCAGGAUUGUGACUUCACAGAGGAUCAGUUAGCCCAACAUCAACCAAUGCUCCCCUGUUUCUUCACCAUCAGUCAGAAAGCAUGCCUCCGUAGGCCGGGAAAGAAAAAUGUUGGCAAACGGGCAGUUUUUCAUUCAUUUACUUCAAAAAUGAAAUUGUAUAGCAAGUAUGUGACAAUAGUUACAAAUGGCUUGUUAAUCACUUCAUCCAUUUCUCAUUCUGGUUUGUCAAAACCAAUGGUUCUUAACCUGGGAAAUUUGAUCUUAUGUGGCCUGGACCAGUUUAUUUUGAGCCAGCUAUAACUCACUGGCUGGCAUUGACGGCGCUUGACGUCCAAUCCAUUUUGACUGGGAUCGGGCAAAUGAACAUUCGUUCAUUUGUGCUGUCUUCCUGUAUAGAUGUAUUUUUUUUAACCUGUCCUGUUCAGCUGCUUGACAUGGAGAAUGGGAACAACAACAACAAGAAAUACAUUGAACACCUACACUAACUAUGAAUAUGUUAGUGCUAUCGUUAGCUAAUUGUAUUUCCGGUUGACACCACGUCGGGGGAAAAAAUGUGGUUGGAUGGGUUGGAGUGUACACAAAUCGGCAAUGUAAGGUGUAGAACCCGGUAUUGUGUGAUUCACUUGUAAUUGUGGAUAUGUUGACAUCCUAUUCUUGGCUGCCUGAUCGCUAAUUCUUCACCGAAAGUUUCUCAACUUGAGUGUGUCUAAUUGGACCCAGUCAUGCGUGAAUCCCAUCAGGCGUGUGGUAGUCCUGCAGACAAGUGGAAAUGCUGUGCGACGGCCCCUCCCCAGCCAAUUGGGGGGGUUGGCCAGUGCAGCCAGCCCCUCCUCCCACAGCUCCAGCAAGGAGGCCGCCGUCGUCCUCCUGGGACCCAGGGUAGUCCUCCGGACCUCCUGCGCCCCCAUUAACUGGCCUUCAGGGAAAGGAUGAGGGGACGCACCAUCGCCCACCCACCCGGCUGACCAGCAACUGCAGCAAGCCUCCAACUGACACGGCACACCGCUAGACCCCCACGGCCUACUAUACCCGCGGCAGGACAGGGUCUCCACCCGGAGUAAGCGACACACCGUCGAACCACCACCGACCCACGCCGGAGCCCAAGGAGCCACCAUGGGGUGGAGCUUGACUGUUGCCUCAAUUCCUCCUCCACCCCCCCCACCCUAUUUUUGGGGGGCAUUUUCAGUUCACUUCAUUUUUAACUCCGUUGCUGCCAUGGACGGUAAAGACGUCCAAUCCAUUUUGACUGUUUCGGGAAAAAAAUCAAUGGGAAUUCAAUUAGAUAUUAGCUUGCUAGCUUAGCUUUAUGGAUUUCGAAUUUGAAAAAAAAAAAAAAAAAAGAUUGUUCCUCAAUUAUUUUGGGUUUGCUGAAUACGCAUGUGAAACUCAUUGGGUUUAGUACCUUUAGCAAGGUUAAGAACCAGUAACUUAGAUGUUAGCUUGCUAGCUUAGCUAUAUGGGUUAUGAAUUUGGAAACAAAAACAAAUUUAUUACUCAAUUCUGAAGGGUUUGAUGAAUUUGCAUGUGAAACUCACUGGGGUUUAGUACAUAUGCGGAGAUUAAGUUAUGGGGGCCCUGGUGGCCGAAAAUGUCAUUGCAUGUAUUUGACUUUCCUAUAUAUGAAUUUAAAAUUAAGACUGCUGGUAAAAUGUUGUCUAUAAAAGUUGUAAAGCAAUAAAAUUAACGACAAAAAUGAAUGAAAUGAACAAAAAAAAAUAGGU